AUUUCAUUCUUCUUGUUCUUGCGUGGAGGAUCAAAUUAAACUCAAAAACCCUUCAAUUCAUCAUCUGUUUCUAGUUUCUACAUACAUUUCUUCAAAUAAGCGAAAUCAAUGUCUCAGAAACCUUGAUUUUGUUCCUUGAGUUCUCUAUUUCAGUUUGAAAUGGCAGGAGGUGCAACCGAGGGUACACGGCAACUUGAUCAAACACCCACAUGGGCUGUUUCUGGUGUUUGUGCAAUCAUUAUCAUCGUCUCCAUAGCUUUAGAGAAACUUCUUCACAAACUUGGAAAGUUUUUCACAGAUAAGCAUAAGAAAUCAAUGUUUGAAGCUUUGGAGAAGGUGAAAGCUGAACUGAUGGUUCUAGGGUUUAUCUCGCUACUGUUGACUUUUAGUCAAAGUUACAUUGUGAAAAUAUGCAUCCCUGAUAGCCUCGCUGAUACAAUGUUACCAUGUGCUGUGAAAGAGAAAACUCAGAAAGAUGAGAAAUCAGAAGGAAUCCAUAGAUUGCUUCUUUCGCUCCAACAUGGUAGAUUUCUAGCUGAAUCUUCUACUUCUACUUGCAAGAAGGGUAAAGUACCGGUUAUAACUGUUGAUGGAUUGCAUCAAUUGCACAUACUCAUAUUCUUUCUUGCUGUCAUCCACGUGGCAUAUAGUGCUAUUACUAUGACUCUUGGAAGGUUAAAAAUACGUGGGUGGAAACAUUGGGAGGAGGAGACUUCAACCCAUAAUUACGAGUUUUCUAAUGAUCAUUCACGAUUCAGAUUAACACAUGAGACAUCUUUUGUGAAAGCGCAUACUAGUUUUUGGACUAGAGUUCCUUUCUUCUUUUACAUUGGAUGUUUCUUUCGACAAUUUUUCAGGUCUGUUAGCAAGUCUGACUAUUUAACUGUACGAAAUGGGUUCAUAAAUGUUCAUUUAGCUCGCGGGAGUAAAUUUAACUUCCAAAAGUAUGUUAAAAGGUCAUUAGAGGAUGAUUUCCAAGUGGUUGUAGGAAUCAGUCCUGUACUCUGGGCAUCGUUUGUUCUUUUCUUGCUUCUCAAUGUUAAUCGCUGGCAAGCUAUGUUUUGGGCAUCAUUGCUUCCAUUGGUUGUUAUUUUAGCAGUUGGAACAAAACUUCAAGCCAUUUUGACGAAAAUGGCUCUUGAAAUCACCGAAAGACAUGCUGUUGUUCAAGGGAUUCCACUCGUACAAGCUUCCGAUAAAUAUUUUUGGUUCUCAAAACCGCAUUUGAUUCUUCAUCUUAUUCACUUUGCUCUGUUUCAGAAUGCAUUCCAAAUAACGUAUUUCUUCUGGAUAUGGUAUGAAUAUAAGAUCGGUUCUUGCUUUCAUGAUAAUAUCAAACUCGUAAUUUUGAAACUUGUUAUAGGGGUUGGGGUCCUCAUAUUGUGUAGCUACAUAACACUUCCUCUCUACGCCCUUGUAUCCCAGAUGGGGUCAAACAUGAAGAAAUCUAUCUUUGAUGAACAAACAUCCAAAGCUCUCAUGAACUGGCGGAUGGCGGCGGUGAAGAAAAAGCGUGGCGGCGGCAAUGGUGGAAGUACAGGCGGCAAUUCGCCUAUACGAACACCCGAGACCCCUUUUAGUCCUGGCCCCACCACGCCUCCUUCCAUGAUGUCACAAUCCACCGGAGCAGCCCUCCACCACCCCAAGACUACCACCGCCGCCGCCUUCUCCCCACUGUCUACUGAAUCAUCCGCCACACACUUGAUAAAUGUACGAGUCGAUCAUCAAAACGGUGACAUGAUUAAAUCCAAUAUUCCUCAAAGAGAUUACACCAAGAACGAAGAUGACUUUUCAUUUGAUAAGCCUAGUACUAAAUACUAACUUAAUUGACCCGUUACUGCCUGUUGGAUAGAUCCAUAUCCUGAUCCACAUCACAACCCGGUAUCAUCAAAGUUGCCUAUGAAAAAUCCGGCAUGUAUUUGGAGGCUAACAUAUGGUUCUUUUUCCAUAUAAUCGAUUUUUAUCUAAAAUAAAAUCAUUUCGAUGAGUUACUUCGUGUGUAGGUAC